UGACCUCUAACGCUUAUGAUGACUAAUAUAAACUAGGCUUAACUAGGAAGGAGAUGAACCAUGGGAACCACCUACAGAAAUAGCGGAGUUGGGCUCAUGGAGACACACGUGAUAUAUAACAUGCGAUCACGUGACCACGACGCUUCCUUCCGGGUCGACCUUCAACGUCAACCUUGAUCUCUCUCCUCUCUCUUAGUCUUCAUCGCGCUUUCAUCGCAGCUACCAUGAGCAACCAGGCUUACUACGAGCUCUACCGUGGCAGCAGUAUCGGCUUGUCUCUCACCGAUACUCUAGAUGACCUGAUCAAUGAGGGGCGCAUCGAGCCCCAGCUCGCGAUGAAGAUUCUCUCCACCUUUGACCGUGCCAUCACAGAAGUCCUCGCUGACAAGGUGCGCGCUAGGCUGAAUUUCAAGGGACACCUGGAUAUCUACCGCUUCUGCGAUGAAGUCUGGACUUUCCUUAUCAAAGACGUGACCUUCAAGCUGGACAACCAGACGACCGUCUCCGCGGACAGGGUGAAAAUCGUGAGCUGCAACAGCAAGCGGCCUGGUGAGGCAUGAGGUUGCUCGUUAUCUCGUCGGUUGAUCCUACUUCUCUUCCUUCUCUGCAGCAUGGAUUCAUGCGUAGUUUGUUCAUCGGUCGGUUGCGUUAUUGCGCGUUCUUCUCCGAAAUGAACCGCGCUAUCGAACUGGCGUUGGGGGAUUUUGAUGUCUGAAUUUGCGAAAAUAGAUACCCGAUUAAAAAUGAAAUAAGAUUGCAC